UCGCCGUCGCUCCGGUCGUAUCUCCCUGUCGGAACCAUUACCGGAUCCUCCUCUUUCCCACGGGAGAUCGAAAAAAACCCAAAUCGAAAGUUCGACACUUUUUUUUUCCAAUUUUGCAAACCAUGCGGUGCAAGAGAUGCAACGGCACCGACUUCCAACGCGACGACGACACAGGGAACUCCUUCUGCUGCAGAUGCGGGACGUUACAAGAGUACGACAACUACGAGGCCCAGCUUGGCGGGGUAAGAGGACCACAAGGCACGUAUAUCCGAGUGGGCACCACGGGCACAGGCUCCACCCUCGCCUACAGAGAGAAGAAGAUCUACGAAGCCGGUAACUUGAUCGAGGACAUCGCGGAGAGGUUGCAGCUCGGCGAGAAAUCCGAGGAGAUCAAGCGUAUGAUCGGGAAGAUCACCGACGGGGAGUUCGGGAAAGGCGAGUGGUUCUCUCUUCUGAUCGGCGCGUGUUGCUACGCGCUGGUGAGGAGAGAAGGGAGGGGAGGUGUUUUGACGAUGGAUGAGAUCUCUGGUGUUGUUGGGUGUGAUUUGCAUCAGCUGGGGAGUAUGUGUAAGCGUGUUGUGGAGUAUUUAGGGUUGGAGUUGGAGGAGAUUGAUCUGGUGGGGUUGUUUGUGAAGACGGCGAGAGGUUCGCCGAGGUUGGGUGGUGUUGAUGGUAAGAAGAAGGAGAGGGUGAUGAAGCAAGGGGGGUUUCUGAUGAACUGUUCGUUGAAGUGGUUUUUGUCUACGGGGAGGAGACCGAUGCCUUUGGUUGUUGCGGUUUUGGGGCUUGUCUGUCAGGUGAAUGGGGUGAAGGUUGGGAUUGAUGAUUUGGCUAGAGACGCUGAGGUUUCGUUGUGUACUUGUAAGAUGAGGUAUAAGGAGCUGUUGGAGAAGCUUGUGAAGGUUGCGAAAGAGAUUGGUUUGCCUUGGGCGGGAGAUGUUACUGUGAAGAAUGUUGUGAAACAUUCAGGGACUUUGAUUGGUUUGAUGGAAGCUAAGUCUAUGAGAAAGAAGAGGGAAGGGAAAGGAGAUGAGAUGGUUAUAAGCGAUGGGGUUUGUUUGGAGGAUAUAGUGAGAGAUUGUUUAAGCAAAGAAGCUAUGUAUUGUUAUGAUGAUGGUGAAGGUCAAAGGAGCUCGUUUCUUCAGAUGGUUUCGUGUGAAGAUUGGUGGAAAGGGAAGUCGAAGAUGAGUCAGAGACUUACACUCAAGGAAGUAUUGGAGAAAGAUGUAGGGCUUGAUGAUGAUUUGCCUAUUUCUUACGUGAAGGGUUGUGAUGCGGUGGAAAGAAGAAGAGAGAAGAUUAAGGCGGCUAAGUUAAGGAUUGAUGCGAUACAAGAUCCUUGUGAUGAUGACAAAGUUAGUGGAAGUGAUGAGUUGUCUCUGGAGCUUGUUGAAGAUAGCAAGAAGAAGAAAAGGAAGAGAGGGUGUGAGAUUGAUUGGGAGGAUUUGGUAAUACAGACUCUGGUCUUACACGAUGUGAAGGACGAAGAAAUAGAGAAAGGGCAUUACAAUGCUUUACUAGCUUUGCAUGUUUUCAAUUGUAAUAAUAACUAGAUCAUUGACCCGCGCUUCGGAAGCGCGGGAUAUUUAUGAUUCAAAAUUCUAUUAAUAAUAUUACAAAUAUUUUGUUAA